GAGACGUCUAGAUUAUAAAUAAGACCUGUGCCUAAGAUUCUCUUGAGACAGACAGAGAAGCGGCUUCUCAAUAGCUUUCCUUAAUCUUCCAAACCUUUAUCUCCGUGUGCUCAUCAUUUGGCGAUUGUAGUUCAAGUUCACAAGUCGCAGGUGUUGAACGUAAUAUCCGGGUUCACUGCUGCAUCCGCUAGAUCAGGUUCACUUGAAAUAUUUUCCGUCCAAAGAAGGUGAUUUUUUCAAGUAAAGGAUUUAAAAUGAUGAUAGUCGGGUUCAAAGCGUUGCUAGUUGUCUUCAUAGCGCUACUUGCGGCUACCGUAGUCAGCGGAUCUCCGGUGAAAGAAAUGAUAGCAAAAGAUGGAAAGCCCAUCACUUCUGAUCACAAAACAAAUUCCCCCGUUUCCGCUUUCGCGAUACCACGACCAUGGAGGGCCAGAGGUCUUAAAAUCAGUUCAGAUGCAUUGGAGUCUUCCUCUGGUCUUUCUAAAAGAUCGGGUACUAAAAUUUUGGGUACUCGUGUCAGCGCACACGAUGACGGCAGCACUCCGGCUCGACCAGAGUUGGUCGCUAAAUUUUGGGGCCCACUUCCAUGGACGGUCAAGAACUCUUAGGAAUUUUCAUGCUCAUUGAAUUUUUCACAUUGAAGUAUCAAGACGUGUUUCCUAAAGAGAUGGCCGAAAGAUAUGUUCAGGAGUUUCAUGUCAAU